GCGGGAUUCUGGGGGGCCCAUCCAUCUGGCAUCGGGGAGCGUUGACCAGCUUGCGAUCGGCGCCGGACGGGGUUGUUAAGGCAUGCACGGUAUGGUAUCGGUAUUGGAUUACUCGAACGCUGGUAAGCAGGCACGAGCAGGUAGGGGGGCAGCAACUCUGCGAAAACGAGGCGAUGCGAAAGGGAUGAUGAUGAUGAGACGAGACGAGAUGAACGGCGGGGUCGUCUCGUCGGAAACUUUUUACACUGAUCGACAAAAAGUCGCUCUCAUCCGACAGCCAUCUAGGUUGUUCAUACAUGGUUUAGUUCAGUAUCCCAGGAAGAAGGCGGGAAGAACAAGAAUCCCGAUCGUGUCAUCAUUCCAAAUAGAGUGCCAGCAUGGCAAGGAGAAAGGGAUAAUAGAGGGCCGCCUGAACUGCCCACCUAGACGGACGGAGAAAAGCAUGUCCAAGAAGAUGGAGGGGAAUAAGUUGCUGAGCCUUCGCGACAACAGGCCCGAAUGGAGCGACGAUGCCAGACUCGAAGAAAUGAACAGACUCCCGCAAUUCCCAAAAUACCGUAACCCAAUCUUAGUACUUCCCGCCCAUCCCCAAUCGAAUGACAGGAGCAGGCUCAAACUAGACCUUUACAAAACGAAACGCCAGUUCCUCCAUCCCCCGGAAGAUAACUUUUUAAUGCGAUGAAGAAAGAAAAAAAAAAAACUCCGAUUUUAAUAGCCCGUGAUCCCUUUGGCGUGGCGACGCAAUGCAAAUGGGGGUGAUGAACGAUCCGGUGAGACACAAAAGACAAUGCUGACGCCGCGAUGCAUCUUCACAUGUUAUGCUGCUUCUCGCGAAACUCGCGCCGUGUGUCUUCCACCUUGGACCCGUCCCGCGGACAUGACCACCCGCUCUCCUCGAUCUU